AUGGAUGUGCACGUCCGCCCGAGCUCAAAUGCAAAUAGUCGAGGCACCUGUGCCAAGGCCUGCGUGCUCAUCUCCUCGGUGGUGAUCGGGGUCAUAGGAGUUUGCGCGGUGCUCCUGAUGGCCUACAAGGACUCGCGUUUUCUAAUGCAUGCUGGCCACUCUCUGCGGAAGGUGAACCGAGGAGGCGCGACCACUGAUUUCUUUGCCAACAAUUUGACACAAGAAACGUUACUUACAGGAGCAAGAGAUGGCCGCGGUGUCAGCAUCGCGGGCAAUGACAACUGCACCAACCAGUUGUGCCUGCCGGAAGCCGGCUACCUCGUAUCUCGGCUGAACCUGAGCGUCGGACAGUGCGACGACUUCUACCGCUUCGUGUGCUCGGACCGCUGGUUCGAGCAUGAGACUCAGGAACUGCCGUUCCGCUUCUCCAGCGUACAGCACGUAUACGAUACGCUGCAGCGAUACACCAAAGACGGGCUGCUCAACCUGAUAAACAACGAAAAGCUCGAUGCCUCGUCGGCCUUGGUCAAAACGCUGAUGUUCGUUGAGAACUGCACCUCUUCAGCGACCAGGUUGCAGAGCGAGCCGGAGCAUUUCGAGGCGGUGAUGCGACGUUUCGGACUGGGCCUCUUUCCGUACACCUCUCGUCCUCUACGGUCCAGCAGCGUCCACUUCGUGCUGGCCACUAUGGCCAGGGAGCUCGGCCUGUUCCCAAUUUUUGCCGUUACAGUGCUGCCUGCCAACAGAAGGAAGAAAAGGCAUCACACCAUCGUGCUCAAGCAGAGGCUGCGAAGAUGGCACGAGGCUGACCUGCUGAGUGCGGAGACCUACCACUGGGUGCUUAAGAAGUCCGCCUCGCUCCUUCCGUCCAUUCAGCAUCUGACCAUGCAGCAGUACCAGGAUGUGCUCAAGAUCUCCAAGGAACUGCUCAUGAUGGCAGCGUACAGGCCUCCUGUACCCGAGCACACCUUGGUCAGCGGCGCCGAAUUCGCCAUGUACGAGAAGAUCAACCUUACUUCGUUUCUCGCUACCCUAUUCGAGCAGUCCCACGUGUACACCAAGGAGUCGUUAAUCGCCGUCAACUCGAAGGCCUAUUUCCACCGGCUGUUCACCUACCUUGACACCGGCAUUGACGAGUGA